AUGAACGGCUUCCACACCCUCCCGCACGAGCUGCAGAUCCAGGUCCUGCUACAUCUGCCACCGACGGCCGUGUUCGCGCUGCGAUCGGUAUGCACGUCCUGGAACGAGAUCCUGUCCUCGCCGCAGAUCGAACAUGCCAUCAACCUAUCGCUGCUUUUUCCGACGACCGCGCCCGAUCUCCGGGCUCGGCUGUUGCGGCGAACGAGGCUGCUUCGGGGAGAUCCGGUGCAGAUCUGGGAUGUGGAUGAUGGCGAAGAGACGCUGACGUUGUAUUCGGAAGGGUUUGUGGUCAUGGCUCAUAGUAGGUUUGGAGGCCCAGGGCGGCUGGGAAUAUGGGAUUGUAGGCGGCCGAAAGGACAGGAUGGGUGUGUUACAAGGAUUGACUUGACGGCUUUGGUGAAGGAACUUUAUUUGGAGCUGUGGGAAGGGCGGAUCUUGGGGGCGGGGGAGACGGACGAAGAGGGCGGGGGGCAGUCGGGAGGGGACCGCAGGGCGGAGAUUCCUUUCAGAUUGAUGACCCAUUAUUCGUGGGCCGAAAAUGGAAGUGUCUUGCUGGUUCUAGGCGAGCCGGGGAAUCCGCGCAAGCCAAAGCAUCCAAAAAUAUUCUUGUUAUUUUCUCUGGCCACUGGAGACUUGAUUAGGAGCUGGAAAGUCUCCUUUGCUGGCCGCGUUAUAUCUGCGCAUUUCACCUCGACGAUAUUACUUCUCGUCACCUCUUUGCCGCAGUCACUCGAUAUCUGCGAUGAUCUCCUGCACCAUAUCACUACAUACUCAAUCAGUACUGGCGCACAGCUGUACACCCAGCCCAUACCAUCAAUUGAGCUCCCUGCGCCGCCUUCAUAUCCGCCUGGGUCUGCAUGGUGCCACGCUCCCACAGCAACCUACUACCACAACCACAUCACCCUUGACGAUGCGGACAACUUCUAUACGCCUGAGGUGCAGACGAAUGCCAAAGGUCCGCGAUACCACGUCUACGAAGCACGCUCCGCUCACACCGGUACUCUCACGGCCACAAUCUCUCUCUCUCCCGUCAACGAGGCCGUCGCAGCCUCCAAUCACUGGCGCUACGACUCCACAAUCGUCACCUGUCCUUCAUCCCGCGUCCACCACUUUAGCACCUACAAGCCACACCCGGAAACGCUCGCCGAUCUCUCCCUCUCCCCCGGUGAGGAGCGCGACAUCUACAGCACCACCUACACCAACUGGAACUCGACCACCCUCUCCCGACGCACCUCACUUAUCCUUCCACCCCUUGAUGGUUACAAUAUUGCUGGCACCGACGCGCCCGAAAUGACUUCGUACCUUUCUUCGGUGCGCUGGGGGGUCGCUGUUGGUGACUACUACCACUUUGGAAAGCGCUGCUGGGUCUACAACGUCUCGGGCGCCAACGAAGAGGUCGUCACCGGUGCAACCAUUCCCGAUGCGACUGAGGGUCUCCGGAGAUGCGCGCCAUUGGCCUGCUAUCUCCCUAGCACGCCACUAGACCAGCAUCUCCAUUCACCCACCGGGUCGUCGCCAAAGUCGUGGCGCCGUUUCAAGAUGCUGUUGAAGGCAUUUGGAGUGCGGCCACCGGCAGGGGCAGUAGGUGAGAGUAUUAUACUCGGAGACGAGGAGCCGCCGUGCAGAACGCACUCUCCAACAUUGCCCGAGGGAGUCGUGUGUAGGUGGUUGCCGGAGGUGCUGAGGGAAGCGACAGUAGUGGGCGGGGACGAUGGGGUGUGGGCGGUGGCCGUUAGUAGCGAUGAAGGAGGGAGGAGGGCGAAGAGACGGGUGUGGAUCUCAUGGGAUGAGGGAUUGAGACUGCCAGGGAGGGGAUGGGCGAGGUGGUAA